UGUUCCCUUGCCUUUCACCUUCCUCGUUUCUGAGGCAAUGCCCAAAGUGAAGAGGAGCAGGAAGCCUCCCCCGGAUGGCUGGGAGCUGAUUGAGCCAACGCUGGAUGAGCUGGAUCAGAAGAUGAGAGAAGCGGAGACUGAGCCUCAUGAAGGGAAGAGGAAAGUGGAAUCCCUCUGGCCUAUCUUCAGAAUUCAUCACCAGAAAACACGCUACAUCUUUGAUCUCUUCUAUAAACGAAAAGCUAUCAGCAGAGAGCUCUAUGAAUACUGCAUCAAGGAAGGAUAUGCUGACAAAAACCUGAUUGCAAAGUGGAAGAAACAGGGUUACGAGAACCUCUGCUGCCUGCGAUGUAUCCAGACGCGGGACACCAACUUUGGAACCAAUUGCAUCUGCAGGGUCCCCAAAAGCAAGCUGGAAGUGGGGAGAAUCAUUGAAUGCACUCACUGUGGAUGCAGAGGCUGUUCUGGGUGAAGCCUUUAGCCAUAAGACUACUUUUUAAACUCUCAGUGAUAUCAUCCUACACAAUGGACUAUUAGUGCAGUUACAGCCACCUUCCGUGUGAUUGGAUAUUUCUGUAUAGUAAUUAAACCAGCAACAUAUUCAUCUGGAUCAUAUAUACAACGGUGGUUGUUUUGGAAUAUGUUUUUGUGUAGCCAUUUAUUUUAAAAUAAAGUCUGCCCUCCUGAG